UUCCACUGUAGUUAUGGAAUUUCCGGCCUCUCUUCUCUUCAUCUCGUUUCUUCAAAACCCAAGCUUCAGUUGCCGCAACAUCUUCUCUUCUGAAGUAAUCUGAAAUCUGAGACGUGCAAAGGGUGGGAACCAUCAUGGAAAUCACCUGGCAUGAAUGUAAGGAGGCCAUUUGGCUCAGCUGUACGUUGGGUAGUAUCAUGGAUUGUCCACCGUUUUGAAUAGUGUGGCCGAUUUGGAUAAAGGAUGCAGCUUUGGUAGGCUUUGAUGCUGGGGGCGAUACAUUAUCAGACCCAUUUUCUCAUCGAACGAAGAGUUGGUUCUUCAUCAUAAUGCAUUGAUAUAUCCCGCUCCAAAUGCACCUCUGGAAACUGCAUAUCCAGUGAAAAUGAUUUGAAAUCUAUGUUCAGGGAGACUAUCCAUGUUUAAGAUGGAUUUGAAAUCCAAAGGAAUAACAUGGGUUGGUAACAUAUACCAGAAGUUUGAAUCUAUGUGCCAGGAGGUGGACGGUCUUAUGUCUCAGGAAAAAGUCAAAUACGUCAAAAGCCAGGUGCAAACAAGUUGUGAGACUGUCCAAAAGCUUUGUACAGAAGCCAUGCAGGAGUUGAUUCCCUUACCAUCCACAUCUUCUGUUAAAGGGCAUGGUUCUGACAUGCCGUUAAUUUACGAUCAUGACAUGGUUAUGGGUAAAAAGUCAAAAGUCGAUUUUGAAGAAUGUCCCUUGAAUGAGAAGCCAUUGUUGCCUUCUCAAUUGGAGGCAAGCGUUUCUAUGGAUAAUGAUUCAAGUGCAGCACCAUUACUCGAUGGAUCCCAGGGAGUAGAUCAUGUGGAAGCAUGUGAUACCCCAACUAAGAAAUCAACCCCGAUUCCAGUUGAAGUUACUGAACAUAAACACCCAGAAAGUGCUGGAGAAUAUAGUAAUGAUUCAGAUGCAAUUUCAUGUAUUGAUGAUCACCCGAGUGUUCUCCAAUCUGAGUUGGCUCUUCCUGCUGUAUCCCACGAAAAGGUAGUGGAGAAUGGAUUGAUACCGUUGGGUCUUGUCUCGUCAGUGGAUGUAACUGAUUCAGGUGCAGAACCAUUACUUGAUGGGCCCCAGCGUGUAAAUCAUGUAGAAGCAUGCGAUACACCGACUGAGAAAUCAACUGAAUGUAAUCACCCAGAAAGAGCUGGUAAAAAUAAUAAAGUUUCGUGCUUGAGAGUAAUCCAAUCUGAGUUAGUUCUUCCUGUUGUAUCCCCCCAAAAGGUAGUGGAGAAUGGAUUGAUCUCGCCAACAGAUGUAACUGAGAGAUGCGAAUCACUUGGGACAAUAUCUCUACUGAAAUCUUCAUGGAAUAAACGUGAACAACGCAGCAAACCUUCUGUACUGGAGGCUUCUAUGUGGCCGCCAGAAAUUGCCAUUCCCAUAAGUUUGCAUGGUUAUGAUUGCAAAGACGCAUCCAGGAGUGCAGAUGCAGUUGGACCAAGUGCUGAGACUGUAGAAUUUGAGGAUGUGAGACUCGAUGAUGAUAGCUUGGACUCAGAGGAGGAAAGGGAUGAAAUUUAUUUAAUCGCCCUCCAGGCGAGCAAGAAAAGAUCCUACAAGAAAAAACUUCAGGAUGCCUUCAUUUCAAGAAUACGGGCAGUAAAGAAACAUGAUCAUGAACAGAUGGUGGCAUGGUACAGAGACUUCAAUAAUAAAACCAAACAAAGAGGGGAUUUGAACAAAAUGCAAACGGACGAGAGCAUCGAUUCUGAUUGGGAGCUUUUGUGAAUGAAAGGCGAAUGCUUUGUAAACAACCAAGUGAUCCAACUUGUCUUGUGGCUGCUCUCCACAUAAAGGUGAUGUCCUUGCUUAUGUUCUCAUUCCAAGCAGAUAAAGCAACAAUAAGCAAACACGUUCUUCAAGAUUAAGCCGUUCUAGCAAUGGAAUAGUCUUCAUAGCAUUGUACCGCGAUGGUGGCAAAAAUGAGUCUGUUCUCGUGAGUGGUUUUUUUUUUUUUUUUUAAAUAUUUUUUUGGAGAGCAUAAAUCUUAAACGACAUUGUGAGUCAUUAUAGCAUUUUACUUACAGUUCUUUAACCAAAUUUUGUUUUGUGA